AUGAAGAAUGCGUCCAACUUGCACGCGGCCAACGCGACAAGUGUCGUAGGCAAUUCCAUCGUGAUGCCGCAGCGUAUGAGUGCUUCCAAUGGAUCUAAUACUGCAUCGCAACCUACUGCCGUGUCCAUGAACCAGCUUGGUCAGCUGAAUCUCAGCCAUGUGCGCAGCGCUGCCUUUAAGCCCAAUGUUGGAGCCAGUGUAUUGCUACCCAGCGCAAAUGCUGCAGCUAUCAUCCCCAACACCGCAGGAGCAGGAGCGUUGCAGCUUUCCGGUCGCUGGUCUCUCGACCGAGACGACUCGGACUCGACCAACGACUAUCUGGAGGCUAUGGGACUGCCGCUUAUUGCCCGUCAAGCCGCAGACAAACUGGACCUUAUGGUAAUCAUAAGCCAGACACCAGGAGACUUUUUGAUAACGCGUCGCACGCGUAUCUUUACUGAGACCAAACAGCUAAAGUUUGGUCAAGAGGUCAAUGUAAAAAAUAAUCUUAUUACUGUCACGGGUGACGCAUCACAUAUCAAGACCAUCACCCAGUUGUCAGGCUUUCGUGGCGUUCUCACAGAUAUCCGAACUCUUGACUCUCGAGGUCGCAUGCACGUAGAGCUCACACUCACAAUGCCGGAAAAACCGGCAGUAAUCAUUCAUCGCUACUUUAAGAAGACCAGUGAUUCCACAUCCCUUGAAAAUCUGCCGGCAUUCGACAUGAGUCUCGAAACGUCAGGCGACGUGAAGCGCAAGCGCUAA